CUGGGGAAGACGGGUGGCACGGGGACGUGGGGUGGAGACCGCCCUCACCUCGCGCUGGGGCAAGGCGCCCCGGGGUUAGCCAGCCCCCGGCAAGACUCCACCCCGAAGACACACAAGGAUCCCUCAACCCCCAAAGCGGGAGAGGGGCGUUUUCCAGCCGGCUCCGCGCGGAGGGAGCAGAUGAGGAUGGGCAGGCAGCACCCCCCGGAGGCAGACGCCAGCAGCGGACGCGGCGGGCAGGGAGAGCCGGCCGGCAGCCCAGCUCAGGAAGUCCGGAGCCCGGGAGCAGCCCAACUCCGGCGUCCGGAGAAAAAAGGAGCGGAGCCCGCGCCCCGGGGCAGCCGCGCGCGGGACUCACAUGGCUGGCGGGCGGCGGCCACCUUCUCUGCCGGCGCCGGGGCGCACUCACAACUUGCUGUCUCUCCGGGGCGGAGCAUCCACGGCACGCAAGACCGUCCUUCCCUCUUCGCCGCGGUCCCUAACAGCCGCGGAGCCCCCGGGCCCGACGCGGGAGGGAGAGCAGGGGCCGGCAGCAGGCGGAAGGCUCCGGGAGGACGCGCGGCGCCGCCACCCGUGCAGCCCCGCUUCCCGCGGCUCUCUGGCGGCGGCUCGGGCGGAGCGCUGUGGCCGCGCGCGGGGCGCUGUAGCUCGCGGGCGGAGGGGCGGAUCUGCCUUUGGCAGGCGAGGCACGCAGCGCCUCCUCCCCUCCGCCGCCCGGCCCUCCUCUCUCUCCUGUCCCCUCCCCUCGCGCCCGCCGGGACUCGGAGCGGACGCGGCGAAGGCGCGGCGCGCCAAGGCGGGGACCCUCCCGGCACGCGGGGCGGGGCGGGGGGCGCGGCCGCCGAGCGCCGGGGUCUCCUCCCACCCCCUGGGCGGCUGUCUGGGCUCCUCCAGCCCCGAGUCCUCUCCCGCCUUCGUGGCCCCGCGACUCCUUCCAACGCGAGAGUGGCGGAGGCAGAGACCGAGAACGCUAACCUCUCUGGAAAUUUAGAGCUACAUUCAGUAGACUGUAGGUCUCUGCUGAAGACGGUAUUUUAAGAAUCCUGCCAUCUGGGAAUAGCAGUUUGUGAAGUAGCUACUUCCUCAGUACAGUUUGUGCUUUUUCAAAGCAGUUGAAAGUUAAUAACUGGGUAGGUAUAUAUUUCAUAGUAAAUUUUCAAAUUGUACCCUUUUAAUUAGCUAUGGUAGAGUACUUUUUUUUUAUUAUAGCUGGAGAUGUGCGUUCUUUCAUUAUUAUUUUGAAAGGCUUUGUGUAAUUAGUUCCAACCCUUUAUGAGGUCAUAGACCUUUUUAAGAAUAUGGUGAAACGGAUAAGCCUCCCAGAAAAAGAAAAAAAUGCACAGUAGUAUCAAGUUUUCUCACAGUGGUUCUCAAGGGAGAGUAUGACCCCUCCCAGGGGAUAUUAGGCAAGGUCUGGAGAUAUUUUUGAUUAUCGUGAACUAGCAUCUGGUGGGCAGAGGUCAGGGGUGCUGCUAAACACCCUACAAGGCACAGGACAGACCCCCGGAAUUAUCCAGCCCCAAAUAUCAGUAGUUCUGAGGUUGAGAAAACCUGUUUCAAUAAAAUGUCCGAUGGUUCCCUGUUCCCCUGCAUCCCUUCCGUGAUCAGAAUCCCUGAUCAAAUGCUCUGAUUUAAGUUAUUUUUAUUUGUCUUGUACAAGUCACUGGUUAAUGAGUUCAGUGACUGUGUUAAUAAUGGUUGGCCUGACUUUCUGUUAUGUAUCAUGACCUAGUUAUUACACAGAGCCUUCAGAUCU